GCCUGCAGAGAGCCCUGUAACCGCUGCGGAGACCAGUGCCCCGGGUUCCGGAUGCACAGCUGGAGGAAGAUAUGUGUGCACUGCAAGUGUCUGCGGGAAGAGCACGCACUCCGCUCCAUGACAGACCAGCUGGAGAAGAUGAUGUCCAAGCUGGUAUCUGACUUCCAGAGCCACUCCAUUUCCGAUGACGACUCGGGCUGCGCCUCAGAGGAGUACGCCUGGGUGCCACCUGGGCUCAAGCCAGAGCAGGUGUACCAGUACUUCAGCUGUAUUCCCGAGGACAGAGUGCCCUACGUCAACAGCCCCGGAGAGAGACAUCGAAUCAAACAGCUCCUGCACCAGCUACCGGCACAUGACAGCGAGCCUCAGUACUGUAACUCUCUGAAUGAAGAUGAGAGGAGGGAGCUCCGACUGUUCAGCCAACAGAGGAAGCGGGAGAACCUGGGCAGAGGCAAUGUGCGACUUUUCCCUGUCACCGUCGCGGGAGCCGUGUGUCAACAGUGCAGCAGGCAGAUCCGCGGGGGCGACAUUGCUGUGUUCGCCAGCAGAGCUGGGCUGGGGGCCUGUUGGCACCCACAGUGCUUCCAGUGCUCACAGUGCCAUGAGCUGCUUGUGGACCUCAUCUACUUCUACCAGGAUGGCAAGGUGUACUGCGGCCGACACCACGCUGAGAAGAUCAAGCCCCGCUGCCAGGCUUGUGACGAGAUCAUCCUUGCGGACGAGUGCACGGAGGCGGAGGGACGCCACUGGCACAUGCACCACUUCUGCUGCUUCGAGUGCGAAACGGCGCUGGGUGGCCAACGCUACAUCAUGAAGGAGAGCCGGCCCUACUGCUGCGCCUGCUACGAGUCGCUGUAUUCCGAGCGCUGCGACACCUGUGGGGAGGUCAUAGGAAUAGACCAGGGUCUUAUGACCUACGAAGGGCAACACUGGCAUGCCACCGAGGCCUGCUUCUGCUGCACCCGCUGCCGACUUCCCCUGCUGGGGCGGCCAUUCCUUCCUCGAGGGGGUCUGAUCUUCUGUUCGCGCCCCUGCUCCCUGGGUGAGGACCCGUGCAGCUCGGAUUCCUGUGACUCGGUGCUGCAGCGCAAACGCAGAGCUCCGGCCCACCGGCGCCAACAGCAGCGUGCUACCAAACAUGGGCACGUCGACAAGGCCGGGUCCGUGGAAAAGGGCUGCCGUGACCCGCAUAGUGAGGACAAAGAGUCCCUGGUCCCAGAGAGACACCCAAGAAAUGGACGGAGGACUUCUGUGACCGCUGAGCGGUCCAUCAGCAGCGCCCAUGCAAGCAUUGGCUCAAAGGAUCUUCCAGUCAGAUGCUUCAGAUUCCUACCAAAGUGCACCUCGAGAGGCACCUCAACUGCCAACGAGGGCGCUGGCCGAGAGGAGCUUGGGCCUCCAGCGUUAGACCCCAUGCCCAAUCCGGAGAGGGACAGCUACCCCAAGGAGGCUACACAGAGCCCUCCAGCUGUGUCGGAGGAGCCCCGAGACUUUCUCCUGAGGACUUACCUACAGAAAGAUAGGCAGUCAGAGUCACGGGUUCCAGACACAGCCCUCCAGGCUGGGCGCAGUGGCACCGCCAGGGUCACCUUCCGCGAACCAAUUAGCUGCAGCUACCUGGUGGAGGAGAGAGAAGAGGAGGAAGAGGAGGAAGAAGAAAGGCAGAAGGAGGGUCCCAAGGGAAGGUCUGGAAAGCAGCUCCGAUUCCAGAGGCAGGCGCUACCUCUCUACGUGGCCCCUCGAAGGGAUUUACUGGAUGGGCUGCACCAUCAGCACAGUUUCCCACGAAGAGCUGGGGCCCAGAGCCAAGGUCAGAUAGUCUCCAACUCCCCUUUCCACCUGGGGACUGAGAGGCGUUUCCGCCAGCGUCGACCAGACCGACCCCGGCUGGACACGCUCAAGCGGCAAGGACAUCGAGGAAAGGAUCUGUCCACCACCCCUGAGCCACCGCCGCUUACUCUCCUCCCUGGUUUCUUCAAGCACGAAGACUCCUGCUCCACUUGCUCCUCCUCAUCAGAGUCUGAGGAGGAGGGCUACUUCUUGGGCCAGCCUAUCCCUGUGCCCCCACAGCUGCGCCCACCCCCCUCACUAGGUGGACAGAUGGAGGGAUGGAGAGAUAGAGAGCGCGAGUGUGACCAGCAGAACAGCUGGAGAAGGAGGAGGACUUACAGCAUCGGUGGACAUGACAAGACCUGCAACAUCUCCUGA